UCUCAGACUCUUGGACUAUGUUGUGUAUUUCAUGCAGUUUUAAAAGUGCUUGAAAAUGCCUCGGAAAAUUACGCAAUAAAUAUAGCCUACUACUGUUUGGUUAGCUCCGCCAUAAAACAUUUCAUUGGCUUAAAUGCUGGUGGAGUGAUUUAAAAAAAUUCUUUAUCCAAUAAUCACAACGGCCUGGAAAAGUCCUGGAAAUUUAGUGGUCAGUAUUGUGGACCGUAUUAAUGUUCUGUGCUAUAAAAGAAUAAUGCAGGUGUCAUGUUUGGCUGAAGGCCUGGUUCAGGGAUACGUUAUAAUAAAAUUUGGAGAAGAUUUAGCAAUGGAUCAUUUGACUUAUUUAAUACAAGUAGAGCACUGGCCCUGCACUCUUGUUACUUAUAGCAUGUGUAUGAUUUUUUUAUUAAAGAAACCAAUAAUUUGUUUCUAUUGGUACGCUUGUCUGUUCAUCUUGGUUUUCUAAAUGCUGUUUAUUCUGUUACUGCGUAACAUUUUUUUCUAAACUUUUUUCUACCUAUAAUCUCUUUUUUCAUUCCACAGAUGGAAGCUCUUGACAAAGGUGAAGCUUUGUAUGAGGAGCUGUACCAUGAGGGAAAGCACGGUUUGCGGGUGGAAAACAUGCCCUGCUUCAUCCCCAACGAUCGCAGUAAGAAGAGACUGAUCGAGGAUACGGAGGAUUGGCAGCCGCGCACCGGCACCACCCAGUCUCGCUCUUUCCGAAUCCUGGCUCAGCUCACGGGAACUGAUUUCAGUAAGACAGACUCGCUCCGACCACAGCCUGGCAGCGCUGCGUCUGCACUCGGAGAACUUUUGCCUCUCAUUUGGGGUUUUCAGUAUUUUAGGUCAUUCAUGUCAACGGGUUUACUUGGAAAGAAGCAGAUCAUUUCUCAGUCAGGACUGUAUAAUGUGGAAAAAGUCUUUUCUUAAUAGAGAUGGGCGGUAUGACCGAAAUCUUAUGUUACGGCAUAAGUAAUUGUAUAUCACGUUAACUGUAUGUAUCAUCAUAUAGUUAUUUGCACUCGAAAUGUAGUCCAAAAAUGUUAUAAAAAAUGAUUCUUGAUAUUUUAAGUUCAGUCAAACCGGCUCUACAACUUUUUUGCAUUUUAACCAGUGGCGAGUUGCUGAUAAGUUAAACAAUUUCUAUUUAUCGCUGCUGUCCUUCUGAAACCUUGUACCUCCAUAUUUCACGUUUUUCUUUUUGCCAUAUAUCAUUAUUAUUAUUAGUUACCCUUAUAAUACCAAUAAAAGUAUUAAAAAGUGCUUGUCAACUUUGAUAACGUAGUAUUUAAUCAUUUAAAAAGUACAGUGUUUUUUCCAUUUCCUGAAAAAAGUCAAUUUGGACAUCCAAGGUUUUGAAAGGACAACGAUGAUAUACACACAGCUUAUUCAAAAUAACAUUUUUUUUAUUUAGUAACACUUAAAACGGGUUGUAUUUGUUAACUUUAGUUAAAUUGUUAAAUGUUAAAUUAGUUAACAUGAACUAACACUGAGCAAUAUAUUAAGUAGGUUUUAUUUGUUCUUAAAUCUUUAAUGUUAGUUAAUGCCAAUGCAAUUGGCUGUGCAUUAGCUAAUGUUAACCUUAACAUUUACUAUUACAUUUUUUAAAUGAAAAGUUAACAUAUACUAAGAUUAACAAAUGCUGUAGAAGUCUUGUUCAUCGUCGGCUGAUGCAUUAUCUAAUGUUAACAAAUACAAAGUCAAUGUAAAAUGUUACCAUUUGUUUUGAUAGUCAUCAAGUACUUGAUCAAAAUUAUAUAGUAUUUGAUCUAUUUUGUUGAGAAAAUUCUAUUUUUUUUUCAAGUUUAUUCAUAAGUUAAUCAUACGCCUGACAUCAAUGUAGAAGCAGCUGCUUUGUUUUGAUAGUCAUCAAGUACUUGAUCAAAAUUAUAUAGUAUUUGAUCUAUUUUGUUGAGAAAAUUCUAUUUUUUUUUCAAGUUUAUUCAUAAGUUAAUCAUACGCCUGACAUCAAUGUAGAAGCAGCUG